GAAAAAAAAAAAAACUGAUUUCUAUUUCAGACUUUUCACUGGAAAAACAGAUUUCGUCCAACUCACCGGCAGCACCCUCGGAUGGACGCGACGGUGAAGACCUCUGGUGGUGGGUCAAGGCUGGUGGGUGAACGCCGAUCUGCUCCCUGCUGACUACCGAUCUGCUGGAGAGACAAUGAACGCCGAUUUGCUGCCCGAUCUACUGCCUUGUGGUUUCUUCUUCGUCGGAAAAAGGACGGAGACUGAAGAAUGGAGACUGGAGAGUGGAGAAGCCGAGAAGGAGAACGAUGGAUGAUGAAGAUCUACUGCCCGAUCUACCGAUGACGAUGGAUGAUGUGGGUUUUUUGAUUUUGUUUGGUUGUGGUAACUGGUAAGAGUUGAGAUUGGGAGUUGGAAGAGUUGAGAUUCUGAGAAUGGAAUGAAAUUAGAAAGUAGAAAGUAGAAACCCCGACUGUGGGAAAAAAAAAAAAAAAAAAAACUUGCAGAAUGUGCGUCGGUGGUGCCGUCCAGCCUGGAGCAUUUCGCCCGGCGGGUUUGCCGGGCCGUCCGGGCGGGACGGGUGGAACGAGUUCUCCGGGUUUGGACAGGCCAACCAUCCAAACGGGCCUGGGUAUCAACCAAGCCCGUUUCAUGCUCCGGGCGGCGGUCGGACCGGUCGGACCGACCGGUCCGAUCCGGGUUUCAAAACACUGAACACAACCACGACAAUGAGAUGCCUCUUUUGUUGCAAAAACUAACAAACAGAGAGCCAAACAAGUUUCAAAAAUUGAAGGCAGGCUUCAUGGCUUGGUACCCCAACCUAGACCACAGACUUCAAUGCUUAUUUUGAAGUUAGACUUGUGAAUGCAUUCAGCCUUGAAACAAACUAACAAGGAAAAAGCAACUGGGAAGUGGGAAGCCACUUUCUCCAAGAGAAAAGAAUGAUUAUGAUGCACGGUUGCUUAUGGACCUUCAAUAUGUGGAUCUAUAUCUGGAGUGUUGCCAUCAACUAAGCUCUACUGAAGAGACAUUACCCUUUUUUUUCUUUUUUUGAUAAAAUGUAGAGUUUUAU